UUUUUUUUUGGUCAACGAAAAUGUCUAAAACACAUAAGUUUUAACUUUUAAUAAGAAUCUAUAAUAUUUUUCUUUUAUUAUUAGCGGAUGGAAAUUUCUAUAUAUAAAAAAUAUAAACGAUGUAAAAGAAACAUGGGAUGGAGAACAAUGUAGCUACAAAUAGCAUAGAAAACAAAAUAAACAUGGUGAUUAAUUGUUAACUGAUACGUACCUAUUGUUUGCAGGUCAUUCAAGUUUUGUCAUUUUCCUAAGUCAAAAUUUAUUACAAACCCUUUCUUCUAGACUUCUUCUCGUCCCCAAUUGAACUACAAACCCUAAACCAAUCCACAAGAUUUUGAUCCUAAAGCUAAUCUUCGCCAAUUCUCAUUUUAUCUCCCUAAAAUGGAUCAACGUGUACACAUGGAUUACUUGGACGUUGCAUGGAGAGGCUACAAGGAAGAUAAGAACACGUCUCUAUUCUGCGAGACACACCCUUUCACGUUAAACUCGCACGGUGUAUGGGAGAGAUUGGUUGACAAGUCACGAGGGUUGAGCUUCUGGGAAUAUCCGCUACCCAAUCUCGAGAUCAUAAUAUUGUCUACUUUUGUUCUUUGGCGUCUCUUCGAAUUCUCAUGCAACAAAAUGGGUCUUCGAGUACCUAGAUUCACUCAUAUGAUGAUUGCAGGGGUGAUAUUAGGUAAAACUUGUCACUUAAGCAGCACCUCUUGGCUCCAUAACAUAUAUUUCCCUGAUGAUAGCCGACCAAAGAUCGCCGAGACACUGGGGGGUUUCGGGUUCCUUUUAUAUUGGUUCCUGAAAGGUGUUACAAUGGAUGCUGGAACGGGAUUGCAGAUGGGAAAAAAAGCUAGUGUGAUUGGGUUCACCACAAUGUUCGUACCCUUGGUAUGUGGGAACAUCAUGUUUAGAUUGAGAAAACGAAGAGGCCAUAUAACCUUGCUGACAACGGAAUACAGGUUGCUCAUGUUCUUGCAAAGCAUAUCCGCGUUCACAAGCAUUGACACACUCCUAAGAGACCUCAAGAUCAAACACUCGGAGUUUGGAAGGAUAGCACUUUCGGGUGCCAUGGUGACUGACAUGAUGGCUUUUAUUGCAACGUUUUUGAAUGCCAUGCACUGGGAAGGAUAUGAAGGAUUGGUCCAAACCAUAUUUAGCUGCUUCUUUUUCGCAUGUAUGGUAUAUGUGGUGAGGCCAGCUAUGUAUUGGGUGAUCAAGCAGACUCCAGAAGGGAGGCCGGUCAAGGAUAUUUACAUCUACUUGAUUUUGGCGCUCGCUUUCUUCUCUUUCCAAUAUUUUAAGAUGAUUGGUCUUUUUGGACCCGCAGGAUCAUUUGUUCUUGGCUUGACUGUUCCCCACGGAUAUCCUUUAGGUUCAACUUUUGUUCAAAAGUUUGAGAGCUUUAAUCUUGGGGUUAUAUUUCCUCUCUUUGGAUCAUUAACCAUGAUGCAACUGGAUCUCUCAUGGUUAUUGAAAGAGUGUGUAAAUCUUGCACGGAUGGAGGGCCAGCUAUAUGAGGCUGUUUCCCUUAUUCUUUCUGUGAAUGUCACAAAAUUCAUUGCUUCAACCAUAGCUGCAUAUGCUUUUAAAAUGCCCUUAAGAGACUCCUUUGCUCUAGCCCUUGUAUAUAGUAAUAAGGGGGUCUUCGAGCUCUCCUACUUCACAUAUGCCGUUGAAAUAAAGAAAGUAACACCAGAAGUUUUCACAAUCAUAGCUACGUUCAUCUUCUUAAACUCUAUCUUCAUACCAAUGGCCUUGGAGCUCGUCCAUGACCCAACCAAAAGAUUCAAAUGCUACCAAAAAAGGAAUAUGGUAAUCUUGAAAGACGGCGGAGAGCUCCAGUCUCUUGUGUGCAUCUACAAACCUGAUCACAUAACUUCUAUGAUCAGCCUUUCAGGAGCUUUCAACCCAUCAGAAUAUUCCCCAAUGGCGUGCAAUGUACUCCACCUCAUUGAACUUAUGGGUCAGGCCAGUCCUAUGUUCAUUUCCCACCAGUUGCAACAACCAGAGCCCGGAAGUAUUUCUUGUUCCGACAGUGUCAUAAGUUCAUUCCGUAGCUUCCACAAACAAUUCUUUGAAUAUAUAUCAUUGGAUAUUUUCACUUCAGUCUCUAUGUCCAAACACAUGCAUGAGGAUAUUUGUUGGCUAGCCCUAUCCAGAAGCCUAUAUCUGAUUCUGCUUCCUUUCCACCGUACCUGGUCUGUUGAUCGCUCCACAGUUAUCUCCAGCGAUGAUAAGCUGAGAAUGAUCAACAUUAACGUCUUGAGACGAGCCCCGUGCUCUGUUGGAAUCUUUAUCUAUCGCAAACCCAUCGUGGAACAUCAUAUGGCCGAGUAUCACAGCAAGAUAUGUUUAAUUUUUAACGAUGGAAAGGACGAUAGAGAGGCUUUGGCGGUAACUAAUCGAAUGAGACUGACAGAGAAGCGGAUAAGCCUCACUAUCAUAAGAUUCAUUCCAAAAAUUUCUGAAAUAGAGAACCAGUACUUGGGGGAGAACUUCCAAAUGGUUAGCCUGAAGGAGACCGUGACUAACAUCAUUGGGUUCGACGUCAAGGAAAAUGAUGACUAUGUGACAUAUAUCGAUACAACGGUUUCCGAUGGAUCUGAGACCUCCAAAAUCUUGCGAUCCAUGGCCAAUGAUUAUGACUUGUUUGUAGUUGGGAGAAGCAGCGGAGUGGGUACCGAGGUUACAAACGGAAUUAGUGAGUGGGCUGAGUUUGAUGAAUUGGGACCCAUUGGAGAUUUACUAGCAUCACAUGAGUUUCCUUCUAGAGCGUCAGUGUUGGUUGUACAAAAACAAGAAUACUUUCAUAGUGCCAAAAGCAAAAGAGGGUUAUCUAAGUGAUGCAUGUGAGAUAUGUUCACUGCUCAGCUCUUUUAUUUGUGCUUGUCGUAGAAAAAUAGUUUAGGAUGUAUAAAGUGCGUCAAGUUAUGGAGUACAAUGAUUGGAUUUUCUUCAGAAAAUGAUAAUUUCAAGAUUUUCUUCUAAAUAUGAUAAAAAAAAUUGAUCGCUUCUUAGAUUACCAAAAUUAACCUCCUUUUUACUUAUUUAGAAAAAGUGUCCGACGGUUCAAUUCAAACCAAGAACUAGGGUUGGGCAAAUAAACCGAACCCGAAAAUCCGAACCGAACCCGAUCCGAUAAAAAUGAAUCCGAACCGAUCCGAACCCGACAUAAAUACCGAAUAGAUCCUGUUUUUUGGUAUUUUGGGUUAUGGGUAUUAUCCGAACCGAACCCGGACCUAAAUGGAUAUCCGAUAGAACCCGAAACAUUUAAAAUCACAAAAAGAACUUCUACCAAAUAUGAUCUUAAUUCUUAAUAUGUAUCCAAAAUACUUUAAGAUAUUAUUGAACUUCUAAAAUAAUUAUCUGUUACACGAAGGUUGAUGGUGGAAUGUGGCGGUUGAAGCCUGAAGUUUUUAGAUUUUGGUUUUGUUUUCAUUGAAUAAUGUUUCUCAUGAAAAGAACUUAGUUUUUGUUUUA